UGCUCUUAUUUUUAUCUUUUCGAUUAAUUUUAAAACAAAAAAAGUUAAAAAAUUCCUAGCCUACUUUAAAAGAAAAGCUUUAAAGCCAAAACGUACGUGGUUUUGGUUCAUUUUGUUUUUCUAGGUCAUGUCAAUCCACCUCCAAUUCCAAAUUUAGGGCUGGGGUCUUCACUUCCAAGGAAAUCAAAAUAAGGUUUUAGAACUUGUCUUAGGGCAAAUGGGAAGGUACAGAAGCCGAAGUCGAAGCCGUAGCAGAAGUUACAGCCCCGUAAGACGUAAACGCUAUGACGAACCACGUUACCGCCGCGGCGGCCGUCGCUCUCCCGAACCUUCAGGUCUUCUUGUUCGUAAUAUUGCCCUUAGCUCCAGGCCGAACGAUCUUAGGGUCCCGUUUGAACGCUAUGGUCCCAUAAAAGAUGUUUAUCUGCCCAAGAAUUACCAUACUGGGGAACCACGAGGAUUUGGCUUUGUGAAGUUCCGUUAUGCCGAAGAUGCAGCUGAAGCAAAAGCACACUUAAACUGUACAGUUAUUGGUGGACGUGAAAUUAAGAUUGUUUUUGCAGAGGAGAAUCGGAAGACCCCUCAAGAAAUGCGCAAGGUUUUACGCACAAGUGGACCUAGUGCUCGAGGCAGCUACAGGAGACACAGCCCAUCAAGGUUCCCAAGUCGCAGAUAUCACUCUUACUCGCGCUCGGCUUCCCCAGCAAGACAUGACUCAAGGGACAGGGAUCGUGAGAAUCAUGAUGAUUACUACUCUCCAAGGAGAUCCAGGUCAAAGUCUCGGUCUAUUUCUCCAAGGGAUGAAAGAAAUUGCAGGUCGAAAGGAAGAUCUUCAAGGCAAUCAAGACGAAUGUCAAGGUCAAAUUCUCCACACAUUCAGAAAAAAGGCAGGUUCAGCAUGAGUCCAAGAGAUAAUAGUCAGAUUGCUCAUGAUGUGGAUUUCGCACCAAGGAGGCUCAAGAGUCCUGGAAGAAAUGCAGACAGCUCAGCCAGAUCUCGCUCUAGGUCCUACAGUCGUUGACGGUUUGCUCAUUGUUAUCACCAUAUGCUGAUCUUUUUUGGAGGUCUUGGGAAAAGUAUCUGCAAUAUUUUGGUCUAUAUGAUUGGGCACAUGCAAACUAUAGUAGUCUAUAGUUACAUCUGUUAUGUUUGUGUUUUGUUCUUUUGUUAUGUCACUCUAAAACUGAUGGUACAUUGUAAUAUAGCUGAGUUGUGGGUUAACAAUGGUUAUUUUCUGUUUC